AUGGAUUUUGCUAGAAAUGGUGACCAUACUGGUGAGCUUUUUCAAGCUCAAGCUCACAUAUGGAACCAUCUAUUCAACUUCAUAAAUUCCAUGUCCCUCAAAUGUGCAAUUCAAUUAGGCAUUCCAGACAUUAUUCACAAACAUGGCCAGCCAAUGGCCCUUGCUCAAUUGAUCGAUGCUCUUCCCAUCAAUAAUGCAAAAGCCCAUUUUGUUUAUCGCCUAAUGCGGAUUCUAAUCCACUCGGGAUUCUUCAUCAAAGCAAAGAUGCCCGAUAAUGAAGGCCACGAGGGGUAUGCACUCACUUCCGCUUCGAAACUUCUACUAGCAAAUGACCCUUUUAGCGUGACACCGUUUCUACUUGCCAUGCUUGAUCCAAUCUUGACUGAUCCAUGGCACCAUUUUAGCCAGUGGUUUCAAGACAAUGAAGAAACCCCAUUUCAUAGCUGUCAUGGGACAUCAAUGUGGGAGCUUGCAGGUCGCCAACCGCGGCUAAACCAGUUUUUUAAUGAAGGCAUGGCUAGUGAUGCCCGGUUGGUUUGCACCAUGGUUAUCAAGAACUGUAAGGAUGUUUUUAUGGGGCUGAAUUCGUUGAUUGAUGUUGGAGGUGGAACUGGAACUGUGGCUAAGGCUAUAGCUGAUGCUUUUCCCCAUCUGAAAUGCUCUGUGCUUGAUCUUCCUCAUGUUGUUGAUGGCUCGGAAAGUAGUAAGAACUUGGCCUAUGUUGGAGGUGACAUGUUUGAAGCCAUUCCUCCUUCAGAUGCUGUUUUAUUGAAGUGGAUAUUGCAUGAUUGGAGCGAUGAGGAGUGUGUACAAAUACUUAGGAAAUGUAAAGAAGCAAUUCCUAGCAAGGAAAAGGGUGGCAAGGUGAUAAUUAUUGACAUGCUGCUGAAAAGCCGGCAAAAUGGAGAUGAUGAUGAUAAUGCGGAGGCUAUUGAAACCCAAUUGUUCUUUGAUAUGCUGAUGAUGGUUCUGGUCAAAGGAAGAGAAAGAAAUGAGAAAGAUUGGGCAAAGCUUUUCUUUGAGGCAGGCUUCAAUGGUUACAAGAUAACUCCUGUACUGGGCUUGAGAUCUGUCAUUGAGUCAUGGUUGUUUGCCAGUGCUACUGGCAACUCUGUGAGGGCGUUGAACGGGGCAGCCAUGCCUGGCUUUGCUAGUGCUGACAGCAACUCUAUGAGAGCGUUGAACAUGGCAGUCAUGGCUGGCUUUGCCAGUGCUGCAGACCCCCAUUGCACAAAGCAUUUUGUGGGUGGUUUAGAGAGAGAGGCAUCUGGCAACUCUGUGUUAGCGUUGCAUGCGGCAGCCAUGCCUAGCGUUGCCAUUGCUGUCGGUGAACUCUAUAUGCAAAAAACAGAGAUGGCAACUGCCACAGUUUCAUUCUGUGCGUAG